GCCAUCUUCAGAGAAGAUCCUCACUUCAAGGCGGAGGUUCUUGGCCAGAGCGACCAUUCAUGAGAGAUGUACCAGUAUCUUCGGCCUACAACUAUCAGAAUGCGGCCAAGCACGCUCAGAUGUCGUCAUCUACUGGAAGAUCAAAAUCGCACACUUACGCUUCGAAGUUUCCAAAUCAUAAUAUCAAAGAAGAAUGUUGAUCCAAUAAGCCCGGUCGUGUCCAGAAAAACAAAUGAUCACGCACGAGUGGAAGAAAUCAAUGCAGGAUCUGAAGAGCCUAACUGUAGCAGAUUCCAUUUCCUUCUAACUCAAAUUUGUCAACAUUGUCUCAUGUUGUGCGACAAUUACCUUCACCAAACGAAAACGAAAUUGAAAUUUUUCAGACCCCGCUGGCUUUGUAAGAAGACCGUGUAAGUAUUGAAACUGUUGUUUUACUAUUUUUCAGACGACACCCUCCUGACAUCCACUUCCACGUGUAAUUAAUUUGCCACCUCCACCUAACUCUACCUCCUGUGACACCUCCAGUAUUUUCAAGAAACCGAACAACUCCAAUUUCCUCGCGCAAAGCCAAAGAACUAUGACGAAGCGAACCCGUGACGAGAUGACUCCUGCCGCUGCCAACCUCCUGACCGCCGACGCGCCGGAACAAUUGCUCCAGCUCCUAACGAGCAUCACGGACACCAAGAUUGUGUCCAAGCUCGAGCAGUUGAACCACUCUGCGGAUGGAACGGUAGAGCCUUUCCUCUGCACGCACCAUGGCGGCUUUCACUGCGACGAAGCGCUGGCGUUGGCCAUGUUGAAAAUGCUCCCGGAAUACGAGAAACUGCCCAUAGUGCGAACAAGGGAUCCGGAGAUCAUCAAGAAGGCGCAACUGGUCGUCGACGUGGGCGGUGUCUACUCCCAUGACUUGAAUAAGUAAUAAUUUGGAUCAUGAUUCUGUUUCUAGUUGCUAUUGCCGUUGCUCAAGCUCAAAUGCGUCCAGCAAUAAACAUGGGAACUACAACAAGGUCAACUAGAACUAGUAUGUAAGUACAGGGCGCGCUUCAUCUGGUUGCAAGUCCGGUCCGAAACUCAAACUUAUUGGUGCACUUGUUAAUGCUAGACUUAGAUGGAGAGAUGGAGCUCGUCAAGAUGAAAUCAGAAAAAAAAACUCGAAUGAUACUAAACUCAGAUAUGACCAUCACAUGGGUGAUUUCACGACUACCUUUUCCCCGAAGCACAAAGUCACCAAGCUUUCGUCCGCCGGUCUGGUUUACCUGCAUUUCGCCAGGAAGCUGAUGGCGCUUUUUAUUGAGAAAAGCCACGACAAAGACUCUUCCGGGGAAAAGCCGGAAAUUACAGAUAUUCUGAUCAACAAGCUGUACCGAAAUUUUAUCGAGGAAGUUGACGCAAUUGACAACGGCGUGGAGAUGUCCGAGCACAUGAAGUACAGGAUUGGAACUGGUUUGGGGUCGAGGAUUAAGCGAUUAAACCCAAGCUGGCGGCAAGAGAACGUCUCUAGUGAGACAGAAAACUACCAGUUCAAAAAAGCCAUGAUGGUCUGCGGAGAAGAGUGGUUCUACCAAGUCCAGUCACUGCUGGUUGAGUGGUAAGUACUACUGCUGGUGAAAUUUUUAUACCGACAACUUUUCUGCUUCUGCAUAGUUUUCGCAUGGUCCUUUUCGGGUUGGAAAUUCUGCAGAAAUUUGUGGGCUCUAUACGAUGGAUUUCGUCGCAGGUGCUUGCGUCGCUGGGGGGCUGUGGCCCCCCCCCUAUGGGGGGGGGCGGACGAUUUUCCCAGAAAAUUCACCCACGAGCGGACUCGGUUGAUUUUCGGGCUUUCUGGAAGGCCUUUUUGGGGUUCGUGUUAUUUUCGGCGCCUUCCGGGGCCUUUUUUCUGGCCCAGGAAAACGGCCUUCGUGGCGCACCCAAAAGAGGCGCAAAACCGCUAUCAUACCGCCGCGAGUGAAUUUCUUGGGAAAAUCCAAGGACCCCCCGAUUCGGCCCGCGGGGUCCGGAAGGCCAUUCCGAAAAAAACCCAGACGCGGAAGUCCAACGUGGGGCCGUCGGGGGUCCGCAGGAUCUGGCGCGCUGAUGCCGUUGCCGCCCGGACCGGCGACGGGGGAUGUUUGUGGCGCCCUUCCAUGUCGCUUUGCGCCUCGGCUUUUCCGGACGGGUCCGGACCGGGGCCGCGACCUUAUAUCUUCGUCUGCCUCAUUUAGUUGGGGGUUGGAUUUUUUCGAAUUUUCACAAUUCCCAGAAAGUUCCGCUUAGUAAGAAAUUUGUGGGCUCUAUACGAUGGAUUUCGUCGUUGGUGUCCUCGUGUCGUUGGGAUCGGAGUGGUCUAUCGCAAAACCACCGGGGAAAAAGGUGAAAUAAUGUGGAGGAUUUGAAAUAGGGAAGGGCUUUGCGGGUAAAUGGCAGUCGGGCCCGGUAACGCUGCGAAGCAGAUUGAAAUGCUCCAGCGCUCACGGGGUGACGUCUUCAAGCCCACUCGCAAAGCUGCCCUGCCCGCAGGAAAGAAACCGCGGCAGAAGGAUAGCAAUAGGCGGAGGCCAGGCGCUAUCCAGUGCGGAGCUCUUGCAUCUGUCCCGGGGGUCCAGCCAAGCGGUAUCGCUUCAAGGGCUUUCUUUCACAUGUGAAAAAAUGGAUUUUGUUUCUGGCGGCCAUUCUUUCACAUGUGAAAAAAUGGAUUUUGUUUCUGGCGGCCAUUCUUUCACAUGUGAAAAAAUGGAUUUUGUUUCUGGCGGCCAUUCUUUCACAUGUGAAAAAAUGGAUUUUGUUUCUGGCGGCCAUUCUUUCACAUGUGAAAGAAUGGAUUUUGUUUCUGGCGGCCAUUCUUUCACAUGUGAAGCAAUGGAUUUUGUUUCUGGCGGGUAUUCUUUCACAUGUGAAAGAAUGGAUUUUCUUUCUGGCGGCCAUUCUUUCACAUGUGAAAGAAUGGAUUUUCUCUCUGGCGGCCAUUCUUUCACAUGUGAAAAAGUGGGGCUUGUUCCUGGAGGUCAUUCUUUCACACGAAAAAGAGACGUGGGCUCUAUACGAUGGAUUUCGUCGCUGGUGUCCUCGUGUGCUUACAGCUUGGAUGGCCAUUAGAUUUCUCUGUGGUGAAUUUCGCGUGAUUUUAGGGGUCUGCAAGAAUUUGAUAGGUGGCGCUGCGAAUAUUUUCUCCCGGAAAUGUCGACAUCCGCCCGAUGGAAUAAUCGUAGCGACAUAAGUUCCAAAAGGCUUCCGGUGGUGGCGGAAUUUUUCCAGCAAAAAAAAGACCGGGAUGGGGCGCCUCAGUGUGUAGCUGCAUUGUCAGCGCCCCACCCCUAGGAUGAUGGGUUGCGAAAUAGCUGCGCGCAGUUACUUUUGUUUUCUGAGUGCUUCGGAUGGCUUGUCGGGCUCGGGCGCCUGAUCUGUCAGACGUCUUCUGCUGCGGCAAGUCAUAGCAAUUCAAUGCCUCGCCUGCCCUUGUGGCGUGCUGUGCAUUUUGUUGGUUUUGUAUUUGUGCGUGAAUGCGCCAAAUGUUUCGCAUUUUCUGAAGCAAAUGCGCGGUGAUCGUUUCGAAUGUGGUUUUCCGACUCGGGGGUCCAGCCAAGCGGUAUCGCUUCAAGGGCUUUCUUUCACAUGUGACAAAAUGGAUUCUGUUUCUGGCGGCCAGUCUUUCACAUGUGAAAAAAUGGAUUUUCUUUCUGGCGGCCAUUCUUUCACAUGUGAAAAAAUGAAAUUUGUUUCUGGCCGCCAUUCUUUCACAUGUGAAAAAGUGGGGCUUGUUCCUGGAGGUCAUUCUUUCACAUGUGAAAAAGUGGGGCUUGUUCCUGGAGGUCAUUCUUUCACACGAAAAAGAGACGUGGGCUCUAUACGAUGGAUUUCGUCGCUGGUGUCCUCGUGUGCUCAUGUUGCUUCUCAAGUGAUCGACUCCGGCAUUCAAUAAAUUUACACAUUGCAUUCCGAAACCAAAAACUUUUAACUCAAGGUACCCUGCCCGCAAGAUCGUUGCUGAUGCUUGUGCGUCCGCUUGUCCGGAGUACUACACCAGCAGCCACCCAGCCGGCACGCAGAACGGCCACCUGAAACUGGACGCGGAUAGCCGAACGCUGAUCCUCCCGCGGUGUUGCCCCUGGCAGGAGCAUUUGCUGGAUAUCGAACACGAGUUGAACAUCGCGUCCGAUAAGGACAAGCAGAUUCUCUAUUGCAUUUUCCCCGAUUCCCGGUCCGGGUCGUUCCGGAUCCAGGCGGUGCCGAAAAUCCGAGGGUCGUUCGAAAACCGAAAGCCGCUGCCGAAGCCCUGGCGCGGGGUCCGCGACGACGAGCUGUCCGGGGUGGCGGGCAUCCCCGGGUGCGUUUUUACCCACGCCAGUGGGUUUAUCGGCGGAAACCAAACCUUGGAAGGCGCCAAGGAAAUGGCGCGGAAAGCCGUCGAGUUUCCGAUGGAGCAGAACUUAUAGCGAUUGCGGUUCUUGUUCACCUGCUUGCAAACAAGCUCAUUUUUGCAGCAGAUGUUAAGGAUCUAGUAGUCGAUUCGGAGGAUCAUGAUAGUGCGGGAAUGCUUGUCCAUCAUCCGACGACUUGCACUUCUGCGAAGAACAUCUUGCUUCUAGAAGCUGAAGCUCCGCUAGCACUGGCGUCGUGUGAUAAACCUCCUAUGCAGAAAUGUGCCCGGUAUGCUAAUCAAAAUCAAGUAAUCCAUGUGACAAAAAUCAAUUGGCUCGACAGUGUGGGCGCGCAAGAGCUUUUUUGUGCCCG